AUGGAAAUAGUAAUAGCUGUGGUGCGGAUGGAAGGCGAGAAAGUGGACAAAAUGAAUGGAAACGCAUUUGAAGUGCUUCUUGUUAAUGAGCCGUGUUCAUCAUCACGACAUGAAAUUCGGAUGCAAUUACCACGCUGUCAUCUGUCUCCUCGUGGUGACCCCGCUGAAACAGCAUUAACUUUCGUGCAAUAUCAUUGCAGAAAAUGGCCACGUAGAACAUUUGAAGUGCCAUUAUGGGGUGACAGUAACUUAAUGAUGCAAAACAGGUCACCAUAUAAUGAGUCUGCACAACUUGCAUUGUACUGCAUACCACUAACUGAAAACGAAGACGGAUUUACAAAAUUGACUAAAAUUGGCCACUUUGAAGCACUUUCCUCAGUUUCCAAACAUUGUCAAACUGAUCCCGAAUGUUUUUCUGUGGAAACAUGCCAUUGCAUUUUACAACUUGAAAGGAUGUUAAUAUGGUUUGAAAAACUCUUAAUUAAUAAUACCUUAAGCUGGCUUCAUCAUCAGCACUGUAAAGAUACGAAUUUUCUUUCUCGAUUUUUUCUUCUGCCAGCUGCAAAGAUACGAAUACGCCAAUGUGCGCAUAAUCCAGCUUAUGAACACGAGCAUUCCUCACUGUGUCACAAGCGAAUAAUGGAUUAUGAUCGAAAUCCAAGUAGUACAAAGAAAUCAUGUGAUUUAGCUGAGGAAGUACGACGAAGUAAUUAUGCACGAGCCAAAAUGAUGGGCUACGAAAAAUACGACAUGUUCAUCAUUAACCCACUGUUUGGCACUGGUCUACAUUGCGGUAAUACUAAUGAGUUACAUUAUUAUGCAAAAGGUGUGACACUUCGAAAAAGUGUGUCAUCCUCGUCAAGUUCAAGUGCUGAAUGUUGGUCUGAAAAAUAUCCAUUACAUAGAGCCGCACAUGAUAAUAACGUUGAUGAUAUAAGACGACUGUUAGCACAAGGCAUGGCCGCAAACGAAAAAGAUAACGCUUCUUGGACACCGUUGCAUUACUCUGUCUUUUAUAAUAACUUACGAGCAGCAGAGGCAUUACUAUUACAUCAAGGCACGGAUGUAAAUGCUUCGAAUAAAGUUGGUUCAACAGCAUUGCAUUUUGCAGUGUUACAGGGAAGUGUUUAUAUGGUUGAACUAUUGCUUUCACAUUCAAAAAUUAAUGUGGAUGCGAAAGAUAGCAGUGGACGACGUCCCAUAGACGUCUGCGCUUGUGUACCUAAAAGGGAAUAUCAAAAGGUAGCGAAAUUGUUACUUAACUGGAAGCGACUUAAUAAAAUACAGGUGGAAUUAAUGGACGGUGGCAGUGCGCAGUUGCUACUUACACAUGGUCAAGAAACAACGGCUGCAGAGUUGCAUGCGGAAAUGUGCAAAGAAUUGAAAUUUAAUAGUGAUAGUGGAAAACUGUUUGCAAUGUGGAUUUGUUCGGAUCGUUUAAGUUUGCAGUUAAAAGCAGAUCAUAAACCAAUGCUGCAUAUGAGUAAGUGGAAAAGUAAAAUAACAAAAUUUGGAAAUGAAGAGAUUCAGUCAAACGACGGUGAUGCACCGAAAAUUUUCUUCCGUCGAGAUGCUCGUUUAACCUUACAGAAGGAAAAAAUGGCGGCAUUAACACCGAUGGCACUUUCCCUACUAUAUGAUGAAUGCCGUCUGAAUUACCUGAAAGGCCUGUAUCCGUGUUCAGAUCAUGACCUCACUUCACUCGCUGCCAUCAUGUUACAUGUCAUUUAUGGUGCUCAUAUUCAACUAACGGAACAAAUGUUAGCUUCAGUAAUUCCCAUACAUCGAUGGCCAGGAACGGGAAGUAAUCUGAAACAAAUGCGUUCACGGAUUGAAUCUGAACAUCAAGCACGGAAAAGAACUAAUUUAAUUAAAUUACAACAAGAAUUUCUACAAAUCUGUUGGCGUUUUAGCGUUUAUGGUGCAACAUUUUUUGAUGCUAUUGCUUUUAUGAACAAGCCUGCCAAACUUAGCAUACCGGUACAUGCCGGGGUAAACGAUUAUGGUUUACAUUUGAUCAAUGCCCAAACGAAAAUUCUCUUUCACAGUUGUCCGUUGAAAAGUUUGACAUGGGUGAUGAAAACAGAUCGGCCAUAUAUUCAAAUAUACGCGAAGCCUGGUGUUGAUCUUACGCUUAGCACACCGCAAGCAAGUCAUAUCAAUAGUCUGCUAACAAGACUAAGAAGUGCAGCUGAAUGA